AUGCUGUGCUUCCUGCAUUUUAUUGAGAUAUUCUCGAAGGAGAAUGCUGUUAUCCUCAUCCUGUGCAGGAAUCGAGAGGCCGACGAGAUUUCUAAUACCUUAAAGAACUUUGAAAAUGUGUUCAACAAGGCGUACAAAUACCCGUACCUGUUUUUGAACGAUGAAGAGUUCUCUGAUGAAUUUAAGAAGAAAGUCAAAGAGGUGAUCUCAACCGAUGCCGUCUUUGGCAAGCUAGAAACACACGAAUGGGGAUAUCCCAGCUGGAUAGAUAAGGAAAAGGCAGCAGCAAAUAGAAAAAAGCUUGAAAAACUAGGCAUCAUAUAUGCAGGGUCGGAAUCGUACCGCCACAUGUGCAGGUUCUUUUCAGGUUUCUUCUACAGAAACAAAUACGUAAAAAAAUACGACUAUUACUGGCGAAUAGAGCCGGGAGUGAAAUUUUUUUGUAAAAUGAACUACGAUCCAUUCGAAUUUCUGAAGAAAAAAAAUCUUGAAUACGGAUUUAUCAUCAACAUUCGGGAGUUCAUGGAAACGAUACCGACACUGUGGGACGCAACCAUCGAGUUCAUAACAAAGCACAAGGACAUGAUACCAAACCAAAACGUGCUCAAAGAAAUUUUGGAUAACAAUAAAAACUACAACGGGUGCCACUUCUGGUCAAAUUUUGAAAUCGCAAAUCUAAAUUUUUUCAGAGGCGAGCUCUACCAGAAAUACUUUGAUUUUCUGGAUAAAAAGGGAGGAUUCUAUUAUGAGCGAUGGGGUGAUGCACCAAUACAUUCGCUGGCUGCCAGUAUAUUUCUUGGAAAGAGAAAAAUACACUUUUUUGAGGAUAUAGGGUACGAGCAUCCGCCCUUCCAGCAUUGCCCCAGAAACCCAUCGAGGUUUCCCGACUGUGAAUGUAAUUCAAAUAAUUCGAUUGAUGACGGUCCUUUUUCGUGCUUGAGAGAGUUUAUAAAAGAGGACUUAUAGAGAAACUGGUGAGAAAUGACAGAUGUGAUUUAAUUAAAUGGUUGGUAAC